AUGGAAGGUAAACUAGCACAUGACUCCUUGACCCACCACGGUAAGAUCACACCACCGCACCACCGCAUCUCCGUCGUCACCGGACCGGUGAUCGUAGGGGCCGGACCUUCGGGCCUAGCGACGGCCGCUUGUCUAAAAGAGAAAGGAAUCACUUCGGUACUACUCGAGAGAUCAAACUGCAUAGCUUCACUAUGGCAGCUCAAGACAUACGACCGGCUCCAUCUCCACCUUCCUAAGCAAUUCUGUGAACUUCCGCUUAUACCCUUUCCCGACCACUUCCCUACUUAUCCGACAAAACAGCAGUUCAUCGAGUACCUCGAGGACUACGCCGAUAGGUUCGAUAUAAAGCCGGAGUUUGGUCAGACGGUUGAGUCGGCUGAGUUUGAUGAGAGUCUUGGCAUGUGGCGCGUGACGAGCGUGGGUGAAGAGGGCACGACGGAGUAUGUUUGCCGGUGGUUGGUGGCUGCGACGGGGGAGAAUGCUGAGCCGGUGGUCCCUAGGUUUGAGGGGAUGGAGAAGUUUGAGGCCACCGGGGUGGUUAAGCACACGAGUCACUAUAAGAGCGGGAGAGAGUUCGCCGGAAAAAGGGUUUUGGUGGUCGGAUGUGGAAACUCCGGCAUGGAGGUUUGUUUGGAUCUUUGCAACUUCGAUGCUCAGCCUUCUCUUGUUGUCAGAGACGCUGUGCACGUCCUACCACGAGAGAUGUUGGGUACUUCGACUUUUGGGCUGUCCAUGUUGUUACUCAAAUGGUUACCCAUCCGACUCGUUGACCGUUUCCUCUUGGCUGUUUCCCGGUUUAUCCUCGGAGAUACCACCCUGUUAGGUCUGAACCGUCCCCGGUUAGGCCCAUUAGAACUCAAAAAUCGCACCGGUAAAACUCCGGUUCUCGACGUCGGGACGCUUGCUAAGAUCACAACCGGAGAUAUCAAGGUGUGUUCCGGGAUAAGAAGGUUAAAACAACAUGAAGUUGAGUUCGAUGAUGGUAAAACGGAGAGAUUUGACGCCAUAAUAUUGGCAACUGGCUAUAAAAGCAACGUACCCUCUUGGCUAAAGGAGAAUAAAAUGUUUAGUAAGAAAGAUGGAUUCCCAAUACAAGAGUUUCCAGAGGGAUGGAGAGGAGAAUGUGGACUUUAUGCAGUCGGAUUCACAAAACGUGGAAUUUUUGGAGCAUCAUUGGAUGCAAAGAAAAUAGCUCAAGACAUAUAUGAGUGUUCAAGAAAAUCAUAUCAAGCACAUAGACAUAUACAAGUGUUCAUGUCAAGAAAACCUGGUCAUCCCUAUAGUAGAUUACUAGACGGUUGAGAAAUGAAAGGUUUCUAUCAAGAAACAACAUAACUUGAGGUUUUGAGAUACAAGGGGAGAGUUGAGGAGUAAAGUAAAUUAAGACUUAUCACCAGCUGCAAUGCUUUUGGUGGGAAUUGAUGAUCAUCUGCUCAAAGGAGAGGAGGGGACCCUCUCUCUUUGCAUGCUUAUAACCCACUUUGUAAAUCUUUUUUUACACCUUCUUUCUAUGUUUCUAUUUUUUUUUUUAGUUUUAGUUAGUUAGGUAUGCUCUUUGUUUUGCUUCCCUUUUUUCACUUCAGUUUUUGCCAGAGUAUUGUAGUAAG